CCAGGAGCUGGGCAUCGCCCGAGGCAGAAGAUGAGAGCACCCUACUCGCUGUCCUGCCUCUUCCUGCUGACCCUGGGGACCUGCUUCCCUCGCGGCGAGCAGCAGGAGCCCCGGCACCCCGCGGAGGGACCCGCGCUCAAGCCCAGCUGCCAGGACGCGGUGGCCGAGGACCCUGGUCCCUGCUGGUGGGCAAAGCCGAAGCGGAGGCGCAGCGAGGAGCUGAGCACCCUGCUCAGCAUCGCCCGGGAGCUGCAGGGCUACGGCACGCAGCGCGGGGCCCCGCGGGGGCGGCCGGGCAGGCAGGAGGGUCCCGCACCGCUGCCGGCCGGGGGCGAGAAGCGCGGGGGCACGCUGGGGAACCUGGCCGAGGAGCUCAGCGGCUACAGCAGGAAGAAAGGCGGCUUCACCUUCCGCUUCGGGAGGUGAGGGCCAGGGCCUGGCCGCCCCCCACCUCCUGCAGGGCACCCCGGGAGGUGUGCCGCGUCCCCUCCGCUCCUGCCUGGGUUUGC